UUUUCAAGUAAUCAUUACUAUCAACAGCUGCUAAGUUCUUGGCUGUUUAAGGUUCCCUAUGAACCCUGAAGAGGAAGUAGAAUGUGCUGAGUAGAAUCUCAAAUAGCCUUCAAGAUCACCACUGCCUAGUGUACUCUCCUUGUACAGUCAGCUCUGCCUGAGUGUAGGUUUGACCACUGAACAUGAGGUCAUCACUCCCUUGAGGUUUUAUGCUAUGUGACACUUUGUCUUAAAAGUGGAAACAUUCUGCUGUGUCUGAAGGACAGGGCUGUGUUAGGAGAACCUUAGGGACUAGGGCUUUCUGGGUCUUGGGGUGACUUCUCAGGGCUGAGAGUGAUACAAUCUGUCCACAACUAGGCAGAUAGCAGUGUCUUCAUUCCCAAUGUAAUGAAUUCUGCCAACAAUCUUGUUACCAUGGAUGAGGAUCCAGAGUGUAAGAAGAAACUGUUGCUUCAGUUGCCACUGUCAUUAAAACAUGAUGACACCAUGAGCAGAGGGCCCAGCUACCUUGUCCACAGAAAAGUGAGAACAAUAAAUUUGAACGCUUAAUGACACUAAAUUUUCAGUAAUUUAAAAUACAGCAAUAAAAAGCUAAAAGUACAGGUUUCUCCUAUGCUUUUUCUGCAUACAUUUGUAUGCAUCUCCAGAGGUUUGUGUAUGUCAGCGUAUGUGUAUCACAGCACUGUAAAAUCCUCACGGUAUAUGGAAUAAAAACAAUUUUAUCCUAGAACAUAAAUGUUUUGUAAUCCAAGCUAGAUUUUUUCAUAAUAAACAUUUUUAAUGCACAUUUGGAAAACCCUGCAUCUUAGCAUAUUUGCGUGUGUAUGAAUGUGCUUGUGAAAGAGACACACAAUAAGAUGCUGAAGUUAUUUCAUCAAUUUUGCCAAGCAAAAUUAACAAGCAAAAUUAAGUAUAACCCUAUAAUUAUCGACCAAAGUUAUCACAGUUGCCACAUAGAGAAAGAAAUCUCUGUCUCAGUUAAGUGCUAACUGUCUUUAUACCUCAUCUCUAGGAGAGAGGCCAAUGGAAGCGGCAGUGACGAACGUGAGCCUUGUGACAACGUUCUUCCUCACGGGCCUUCCCCACACACCAGCCCUGGGCUCCACACUCUUUGGCGUCUUCCUGGUGGUCUACGUCCUCACCGUGCUGGGGAACCUCCUCAUCCUGCUGGUGAUCAGCAUGGACUCUCGCCUCCACACCCCCAUGUACUGCUUCCUCACCAACCUGUCCUUCAUCGACGUGUGGUUCUCCACUGUCACGGUGCCCAAAAUGCUGAUGGCCUUGGUGUCCCCGGACGGCGGGGCCCUCUCCUUCCACAGCUGUGUGGCGCAGCUCUAUUCUUUCCACUUCCUGGGGAGCACCGAGUGUUUCCUCUACACAGUCAUGUCCUAUGACCGCUACCUGGCCAUCAGUUACCCGCUCAGGUACACCAGCAUGAUGAGUGGCAGGACGUGUGCUCUGCUGGCCGCUGGCACCUGGCUCAGUGGCUCCCUGCACUCUGCUGUCCAGACCACCUUGACAUUCCGCUUGCCCUACUGUGGGCCCAACCAGAUCCAGCAUUACUUCUGUGAUGCACCACCCAUCCUCAAGCUGGCCUGUGCAGACACUUCAGCCAAUGAGAUGGUCAUCUUUGUCACCAUUGGGGUGGUGGCCUCAGGCUGCUUUCUCCUGAUAGUGCUGUCCUACGUGUCCAUCGUCUGCUCCAUCCUGAAGAUCCGCACCUCAGAGGGGAGGCACCGAGCCUUUCAGACCUGUGCCUCCCACUGCAUCGUGGUCCUGUGUUUCUUUGUUCCUUGUGUUUUCAUUUACCUGAGGCCAGGCUCCAAGGAUGUCAUGGAUGGGGUUGUGGCUGUUUUCUACACUGUGCUGACCCCACUGCUCAACCCAGUUGUGUACACCCUGAGGAACAAGGAGGUGAAGAAAGCUCUCCUGAAGCUAAAAGACAAAAUAUCACUUGUUCCGAGUGAAUAAACAGAAACACACAUGCUCAUUAAAAAAGUGACAUAAUUAGUUAUCCAUGUUCUCCAUGUUUGAAAUUAUUCAAAAUUGACCAUUCAGUAAUGUGUCUUUCAACAAUUUCCUCAUGAAUUUUUUAUUUAUGUUGAACAUAUCAUAUUUUAUUUUUCUAUUUUCCUGCAAUAGA